AUGGUGACCCACGGCCCUCACCCGUUCGACCCUAUCACACCCGAGGAGAUUAAGCUCGCCGUUAAGAUCCUCGAGGCGACUUUCCCCGGUGUAUCUCUGCGUUACAAGCGCAUUGAUGUCAACGAACCUAUCAAGAAAGAUGUUAUCGCAUACAUUGAAGCAGAGCGCCUACGACGGCCACUGCCCCCACCCCCAGCCCGUCUGCUUUAUGUCCUCUUCCACCGUCUGGACACCGGCGCAUUUUACAAGGCUAUUCUGAAUGCCGACAGACGCUCCAUCGUCUAUGCCAAAGAGCUCCCAAAGGAGGUCCAAGGCCCCGUCGAUAUUGAUGAAAUUGCUGCAAUUGAAGAGAUGUGCAUGAAGCACCCUGCAGUGCUGGCCGAGAUCGAAAAGUUGCAAUUGCCCGCGGGCGUGACAGUCUGCAACGACCCUUGGAUGUAUGGCACAGAUAACGACACCGAAGACCGACGCCUCUUUCAAUGCUUUAUGUAUAUGGUUGAAGUCGAUCACCCUCAAAACAACCACUACUCUCUUCCUUGCAAAUUCUCACCGGUGUUCGAUGGCCUUACCCACGAACUGAUUCGUAUGGAUUAUCUCCCCGGUGGGGCUGAUUUCGAGACCACCGCUACCCAGCCCUGGAAGGCCGUCAAGACGGUUCAAUAUGCCCACGGCCUCUUGGAUGAGCCUGUUCGUACUGAUCUCAAGCCUUAUAUCGUGCAGCAGCCAGAGGGCCCUUCAUACUCAGUAGAUGGAAACUCCGUUUACUGGCAGAAGUGGCGCUUCAGGGUUGGUUUCAAUGCUCGUGAAGGCUUGGUCAUCUAUAACGUCACUUAUGAUAACCGGAACCUGUUCUAUCGAUUGGCUGUCUCGGAAAUGACUGUUCCUUACGGAGAUCCCCGAGCUCCUUACCACCGCAAGCAGGCAUUCGAUGUCGGUGAUACUGGAUUCGGCAUGAACGCCAAUCAGCUCGCGCUUGGAUGUGACUGCCUCGGUCAUAUCAAGUACUUUGACGGAUACCGCAACGAUUGCAAGGGCAACCCGCUGCAGUUAAAGAACGUGAUUUGCAUGCACGAACAAGAUAACGGUUUACAACAUAAGCACACGAACUAUCGGACUGGUGCUGCAACCGUGGUGCGCAACCGCCAGCUGGUUCUGCAGAUGAUUUGCACCGUGGCCAACUACGAAUAUAUCUUCAAUUACAUCUUCGACCAGGCCGCUAAUGUCGAAUUGGAAGUCCGUGCUACCGGUAUUCUUUCCACUGUGCCAUUCGACAACGAGAACGGACAAACUGUUCCUUGGGGCACUAAUGUCGGGCCGGGUGUUAUGGCUCCUUUCCACCAACACAUGUUCUCACUGCGCAUCGACCCUGCUAUUGAUGGAUUCAAGAACACCAUUUACUAUGAGGACAGCGUUCCUAUGCCGGAAGAUGAGAGCAACCCUCACCUCGUAGGCUAUAUCUCCGAGCCCACGGUAAUGCGCACAGCAGGCACAGCCAACACUAGUGUAGACCGCCACCGUGUCUUCAAGAUCCGCAACGACAACGUCACCAACCCAAUCACCUACAAGCCCGUUGCAUACAAGCUCAUGGCAGCCCCCAGCCAGAUGCUGCUGGUCAGCAAGAACGCCCCGGGCUUCCGCCGUGCCGAAUUUGCUACCAAGCCCAUCUGGGUCACCAAAUACCAGGAUGAUGAGCUGUAUGCUGCAGGCGAGUUCACGAACCAGAGCCGACGCGCAGAGGGCGUCGAGACUUGGGUGCAGCGCAAGGAUAACACAGAGAACGAAGAUGUCGUCUUAUGGCACACCUUCGGUCUUACCCACAACCCCCGCAUUGAAGACUUCCCGGUCAUGCCGAUGGAGCGUAUCAGCGUCAUGCUGAAGCCCGAUGGCUUCUUCAACAAGAACCCGGCUCUUGACGUCCCGCAAUCUUCCCAGCUAUUCAACAAAUCCUCCCUGCAUCCCGAGGAAAAGCGUGCUGCGUGCUGUGCUGGAUCCGCGUCUGCUGAUAGCAAGCCGAAGCUGUAG